AUGCAGAGAGAAGACGUCAUCUACUUCGGCGCUGGCCCCGCGGGGUUGCCAACUGAUGUGCUCACCACCGCAGCUGCUGCGUUGCUGAAUUAUCAACAAACUGGUCUUGGUGUGGCCGAGCACAGUCAUCGUAGUACACUGGCAGCCGACAUCGUGAAUAACAUGAAAGCCGACCUCGCCGAUUUCCUCGAGAUUCCCUCAACACACGACGUGCUCAUUAUGCAAGGCGGAGGAUCCGGACAAUUCGAUGCGACAGUAUACAACUCCGUAUUGGUUUGGGUGGAAAACCAAAGACAAAAGAUUGUUCAAGCGAACGCCGACAUCAGUGAGGAGGAUUUAAUCAAACAAAUACAACAAAAGGUCCAGUCGGGAUUGCGACUUGACUACCUAGUAACCGGUUCAUGGUCCUUGAAGGCCAACCAAGAAGCCGUCCGAUUACUCGGACCGAGCCACGUCAACGUCGCAACAGACUCGAGGAAAGUCAACGAUGGCAAAUUCGGAAAGAUCGCAGACGAGUCAUCGUGGAACCUGAGCGAUAAACCUGCUAUGAUUUAUCUGUGCGAGAACGAAACCGUGGACGGCGUUGAAUGGCCCAGUUUCCCCAAGAUCCUCGAAUCAAAGGCUGACGACGAAACCCUUGUCAUCGGAGACUUUUCCUCAACCAUCCUUUCGCGACGAAUUCCAUUUGAUCAAUUCUCGAUCGUCUAUUUUGGCGCACAAAAGAAUCUAGGUUUACCGGGUAUCACUGUUGUGGUUAUCAAGAAGAGCAUUCUCGCAACUUUGAGUCAGGGUAAGCCCGAAUUGGCCAGGAAAGUUGGCCUACCGGUUCCUCCAACCAUUCUGGAUUAUGCGGUCACAGCCAAGAAUAACAGUCUUUAUAACACAUUAAGCAUUUUUGAUGUCUUUGUUGCUGGUCAAGUAUUGAAGAAACUUCUUGCCACGUUCCCCAAUAAAGUCCGUGGUCAAGAGGCUCUUUCUGGAAAGAAAGCGGGUUUGUUAUACGAUGUUCUUGACUCAUACCCGGAAAUAUACAAGGUUGUUCCCGACAAGAGCGUGCGGUCAAGAAUGAAUAUAUGUUUCCGAGUCACCAAGGGCGGAAAUGUCGACGAAGCCGAGAAGGCAUUUAUUAAGGGCGCAACAGAAAGGGGAUUGCUCGGUUUGAAGGGUCACAGAAGCGUUGGUGGAAUCCGCGUGUCAAAUUACAACGUUGUCGAUGAAGCCGGGGCCCACAAACUAGCAACAUUUUUGAAAGACUUUGCAACAUCUACAUGA